UAUAUAUCUCUAAAGAUGUAUGAGAUAUGGAGCUAUGUAUUGGCGGCGGCGGCGGUGAUAGCGGCGGCGGCGGCGUGGUGGGGAUGGAGAAUUGUUUGGUUGAAGCCGAAGAGGAUGGAGAAGCAUCUGAAAUGCCAAGGCUACGUGGGAAAUCCAUAUAAGGUUCUGUUUGGAGAUCUUAAAGACUUCUCAGCCCUAAAUAAACAUGCCCGUUCUACCCCUAUCUCUUUUUCAGACGACAUCCUUCCACGCGCCGCUCCCUUUCUUCACAAAUCCAUCAACACCUUUGGAAAGAAAUCAAUAAUGUGGUUUGGACACAUGCCAAGAGUGCACCUUACAGAUACAGAGCUUGUGAAGGAAGUGUUAUCAAAGAAUUUCAAAUAUGUUAAGACCAAAAUAAAUCCUCUAGUUAAACUCUUACUUACAGGACUUCUUAGAUAUGAUCUUGAUCAAUGGGCUAAACAUAGAAAAAUCAUCAAUCCUGCUUUUCAUAUGGACAAGUUAAAGCUUAUGCUUCCAGCAUUCCAUGUUAGUUGCCUUGAGAUGAUAAACGAAUUGCAAAAGGCAACAACAAAUGAAUCGACAAAAGAAGUCGAUGUUUGGCCAUAUUUACAAACUCUAACAGCGGAUGUCAUUUCUCGAACUGCUUUUGGUAGUUCUUAUGAAGAAGGAAGGAAGAUAUUUCAGCUUCUUAAAAUACAAGCUGAGCUCGUUACUAAAGCUGUAAGCACACUAUACAUCCCAGGAUGGAGGUUUAUACCCACGAAGAGAAACAUGAGAAUGAAGAAGAUAGCAAAACAAAUAGACAAUUUACUUAUAAAUCUGAUCAAUAAGAGAGUAAAUGCAUUGAAAGCUGGUGAAUCUAACAAUGAAGACUUGCUAAAUAUAUUGCUAGAAUCGAACUUCAGGGAGGAUAAAUGUGGAAAGAUGAUGGGGAUGACUAUUAAAGAAGUGGUGGACGAAUGCAAAGUUUUCUACUUUGCUGGUCAAGAGACUACCGCGGCUUUACUUGUUUGGACAAUGGUUCUAUUGGCUCACCAUCAAGAAUGGCAACACCGAGCCAGAGAAGAAGUCUUUCAAGUAUUUGGAAAAGAUAACAAACCUAAUUUUGAUGGGCUUAAUCGCCUUAAGAUUGUGACAAUGAUACUAAACGAGGUUCUAAGGCUGUACCCGCCUGUAGUGCAAUUCAGUAGAACUAUUAAUGAAGACAUGAAACUAGGAGAAUCACUUCAUUUGCAAGCUGGGACAUUAAUAGCUUUGCCCAUAAUAUUACUUCACCAUGACAAAGAGGUUUGGGGAGAUGAUGCCAAAGAAUUCAAGCCAGAGAGAUUUGCGGAAGGGAUAUCCAAGGCGACAAAAGGUCAGUUCUCCUACUUACCAUUUAGUUGGGGACCGAGAGUUUGCAUUGGGCAAAACUUUGCUUUGUUAGAAGCGAAAAUGGCUGUGGCAAUGAUCCUACAACACUUCUCAUUUGAACUUUCUCCUUUGUAUACUCAUGCCCCAUGGCCUACCAUCAUCCUUCAACCUCAGUUUGGUGCUCCUUUAAUUAUGCAUCAAAUAUAGACACCAACAUGCAUAAUGUCCUCCUUAUUAAUACUUUUUUAUCUUUCUUGGAAUGUUGAUAUACAGGGAUAAU